GAGAGCAUGAUAUUUACUCCCUCUGUUAUCUUUUCAGGAUUAUAUGUUUUUUCCUACUUUUUAGUUGAAUACAGACUUGCUUCCAUAUGCAGGCCAAAUUCAAGGUGCUGCAAUGGUAUUCUUAACAUCAGUAGUCACACUAAAGUAGCCAAAAACAUUCAUGCUUUGGAAAAAGAUCCUGGCAACAAGAAGGCAAAAUACCUAAUAGUAUAUUAGUAAAGGUAUACAUAUACCAUCAAGUUGGUGGUCUUAAUUACAAUAUACCUUUACCAGACCAGGUAACAAGAUUGCUGUAUUAUGUGAUAGAGAACCACCUUCUGUAACCAAGGCAGAACUUUACUGAAAUCAUACAUCAGACAAAAAGCACUGUAAAAAUAAAGCUAAUAUCCUGCCCACCCAUAAUUAUAGUCCUCUGACUUUGCUGCAUAUGUUACUAUUAAUGGGUCUGACGAGUGUGAGACUGUAAAUACAUUUAGGAACAUUUUUCAAGUUAUUCUUUCUCUGGCCUGCUCGGCGUACUGUGUGACCUUAGCACCAGCAUAGGGAUACUCAUCUGUGGAUCCCUGGGUCAGUGCAGUUUCUUUUGUGCGUAACUUGUAUGUUAUCUGCUCUUCUUGUCCGUAGUGAAUAAUAAUUACAAAAAUAUCUGGUGACUCUCGAGAGGGAAAGCAAACUUGGUGUUAGUAAUUGAUUUAAAAAAACGAUGGCUGUGAUAGCUCAGAGCGGGAAAUCCAUAGGUUACCGUGCAUGUUCUCUGCACGAGGAUGCUCACCCUGGAGGAAGACGAAUGGAAUGGGGACAGGAAGCACACAUCUUUGCAGGAGAUAACUUGGAUAACAGGAUCAGAGUUUACUUUGGGAUUAAUACAUAGAUCAUGGAAAUCAGAAGUCUCAAUCCACUUGAAGAUUGGGAUCAGAGCCUAUUUUUUCACUUACAAACUUAGUUAUGUACCCUUUUAAAAUAUCUGAAAAGGAAAAGAUGUUAAGAAUUAUGUAAUUUAAUUGGAAAUUUGUUGGUGAUUCCUGAUGAACUCCACAGAUUCUACCUUGUCCUCCGAUGACUUCUGCAAACCUGUGGACAAAACUGCUAAUCAUUGUCAAGAGAAGCAGGAUAUUUUUCCAUAUUAUUUCCCUUCUUGGAAAUCAAACCUUCAAGGCUUCUGAGGGCUGAAGUGGUCAGACAGAAUGGCUCCAGAGAACCAGCCGAAGGACAAGAAGCAUGGGAGGACGCACGAGCAUCAGCCAGAGGAACAGACAAAAUCAGCUGGGAAAAGGAAACAAGACUAUGAAGAAAUAGAGAAUGAGCCACAAGCAAAGAGGUUGUUUGUGAGAAAAACAUCCAAACCCCCAGAGAAAAUCGGUUGGAGUAGAGGUGGGUCCAUGAUCAGAAACACCAGAGCCCUUUUGCAUCAGCUGGAGAGGCAGUGCAGCAUUGUCCAUUAUGUCUACCAGAACAUGCUGGGAGGAUCCAUCCGGGCACAGCUCAGGCAGUGUCUGCAGCUGCCGUUUCUGCGUUCUCUCACCUCAUACCGCCUUUUUCGAACAGCAAGUCCCUUUGACAGGAGAGUGACUUGCCUGGAAUGGCAUCCGACACACCCCAGUACUGUAGCUGUUGGUUCCAAAGGUGGAGACAUCAUCCUUUGGGACUAUGAAGUACUCAAUAAAACCUGCUUCAUUAAAGGGAAAGGGCCAGGAGAUUCUCUCGGAGACAUCAAGUUCAGUCCCUAUGAGGCAGUGAAGCUUUAUGUGGCAUCAGGGGAUAGCACCCUAAGUCUGCGGGACCUUGAGGGCAGAGCGGUGCAGGUGAUCUCCCGUGCCCUGGACUGUGGCCAUGAGUACCAUGAUGUUUGUUGCUGGUACUGCAGUGUUGAUGUGUCUGCAAGCUGCGGUGCUGUGGUGACGGGCGAUAAUGUAGGUAACGUGGUCCUGCUCAGCACUUCUGGUGAAGAGAUUUGGAAGCUGAAAUUACAUAAGAAGAAAGUGACUCAUGUGGAGUUUAACUCUCGAUGUGAGUGGUUGUUGGCCACAGCCUCUGUGGACCAGACAGUCAAAAUCUGGGACCUGAGGAACAUCAAAGACAAAACAAAUUUUCUUCAUGUGCUUCCUCAUGACAAACCUGUCAAUGCAGCUUACUUUAGCCCAACAGAUGGUGCCAAGCUCCUGACCACAGACCAGCGCAGUGAAAUCAGGGUUUACUCAUCUUCAGACUGGACCAAGCCACAGCAUCUGAUCCCACAUCCGCAUCGGCAGUUCCAGCACCUCACACCUAUCAAGGCAACGUGGCACCCUCGCUAUGACCUCAUUGUAGCAGGUCGCUACCCAGACCCUAAGUUCCCGGGGUAUACAGUGAAUGAGCUACGGACUGUGGAUAUAUUUGAUGGAAACACUGGAGAGAUGGCGUGUCAGCUCCACGACCCAAAUGCCUCUGGUAUAAUCUCGCUCAAUAAAUUUAACCCAAUGGGAGACACGCUGGCCUCUGGCAUGGGCUUUAAUAUUCUGAUCUGGAGCCGGGAGGAGAUGGUGGCCAAGAAGCAAGAACAUCUUUUGAAAGCCAUGACAGAACAGGGGAUUGGAAGCCGGAGUUUGUCCAGACGUGGACUGCAAAGGCAAGCAAACCCUGGGACAAGCAAACUCAAAACUAAGUUACUGUCUUGGGAAGUGGAGGAGGCAAAAACAAAAAGCAAAGAUUCCAAAUCACAGGGAAGGAAGCAAAAAGGGAAGGAUCUAUAGAACUGAUUUAAUAUUUUGAUCCUUUCUGGAUCACAGAGGACAUAUUCAGUGCUAUCAGUGGGGCAGCAUAAGCCCUGCAGGGCAUUAACCUUCUACUUUGUCCUUCCUCUCUGGAUCUGAUCUUGCUUCCCUGAUUCCCUUUGCUUCCCCUUCUAGUGAGUUGUGUUGGCACUCAGUUCCUCCUCCAGGCAAGGUUACCACCCAUUUUAUGAGGCACUAGGGAAACUUUGGGCCAUGGAGAGAUGUUAUCAGACCCUGCUGAGGUUAAUGCUUCCAGCCUACCACAUCUGCUUGUCAUCACUCUGUCAGAGGUUGCCAUCUCCUGCAGCAUGCUGUGGAGCAGCUCACAACAGGAUCCCCAGUUUGUUUUAGUCAAACUGAGCUAAGAAAGCCUUUGCUGACCAGGUUCAUGUCCUGAAAAGGUAGAAUGUUCAUAGGGGAGAGGUGAUGGGUGGCUUGGGUGAUCUAGGGAACACCAGCCUCUUCCAUAUGCAAGCCCUUUGCAGACUGUGUAUCUGUCAAAAACCUCAGACUUAGCCUAUUCUGUGCUUGCAGCUAUUUAACUAGACUGUGAAGAACAACAUGAUGCCAGAGCUUUUUAUCUGUCUCAUGGGAUGCAAGGGCAGUACUGAGCUGAGACCCUACUGAUUCUGUAGUUUUUAUUUUCAGAGCUCUACUCUUUCUUGGCACACAUCAGGUAAUUUUUUCAUCUAUGCCUAUUUGCUUCAGAAUGUUGUAUAGGAGUGUUUUUAAAGCAAAAAUGAGGAGGUUCUUCCAAACAUCCUUUCUCAGAGCCAAAUCUUAAGACUGCUGUUAAAAGUUUUGCUUUUUCUAGUUUGUUUACAAAGCUGUCUGGGGUUUUGCUGCUGUCCCAGAGGCUGAUGGAUGGGACCAGGCUCCAAGCCCGCUCAGAUUCUAUGUUCACUUUUAUAGUUUUGCAGUAUUGAUAUUAAUAAAAAGUUUUGUACUAAA